GAUUGUACUACUCGGGACCUAGAUGCCCAUCUAGAUGGAUGAGUACUUUAUGCAUGAUUCACGCAGUGCACGAUUGGAAUCGGUCUCUUUACAACAAACGGGCGUUCGCAAGUGAAUUUCUUUGCUGGCCAUCAUAGAUAAAGCUCAAUUAUGAGCCGUUUUUUCGCUACCGGGUCCGAUUCCGACUCGGACAGCUCCUCCGAGGAGGAGCAGGUUCAGAGGGCACCGCAAGCAGCUUAUACAUUCAGCGAUGAUGAAGAGGAAACAAAGCGAGUCGUUCGCUCGACAAAGGAGAAGCGUUAUGAAGAAAUUACAAACCUCAUCAAACUCAUUCGUAACUAUAAGAAGAUCAAGGAUAUGAGUAGUAUGCUGUCAAGUUUUGAGGACCUGACGAGAGCCUACACAAAAGCUCUGCCAGUGAUUGCCAAGGAAGAGAAUGGUCAGACGCCACAGUUUUACUUACGAUGUCUCGUUGAAAUGGAAGAUUUCAUCAAUGAAGUCUGGGAAGAUCGGGAAGGCAGAAAAAACAUGUCCAAGAAUAACUCAAAAUCACUUACCUCUCUUCGUCAAAAGUUGCGAAAAUACAACAAAGACUUUGAGGAAGACAUUGCCAAGUUCAGGGAAAAUCCUGAUCAAGCAGAUGAUGAUGAAGAAGAAAAAGCAGAAGAAGCUGAGAAAUCUGACGGUGAAGAAGACCGAGCUGCUGCUUUCAAGAAAGCCAGUUCAGAAGGGAGUGCACCCGAUGUAUCAAAGUUCAAAAAAGGACCUGCAGUUGAUGGAGAUGAUGUUAGUGAGAGCGAUUCUGAUUGGGGAAGCGAUUCCGAAAGAGACAGCGACAGUAGCGACGAUGAUGGCCAAUAUACAAAUAUCCGUGAGAGGUUCAUUAAAAAAACAACAGAUAAAGAUGACGAUGAAGAUAAGACCAAAAAGAAGGAGCAGCGCAAAGACCGUAAAGAUAAAGAACGAAAGUUCCGAAAGCGUGAAGAAGAUGAUGGAGAAGGUGAAUGGGAAACUGUUAAAGGUGGUGUGGCUAUACCAUCAGAAAAACCUAAGAUGUUUGCCAAGGAUGCUGAGAUCAAUGUGCAAGCAGUUUUGAAAAAACUAACUGAAGUCAUAGCCGCACGCGGUAAAAAACGCACUGAUAGAAGAGAGCAAAUAGAACUUCUUCAUGAAUUACAAUCUAUCGCUGAAACUCAUACUCUUGGGGCAGCUGUUGCUGUGAAAAUAAAGUUCUCCAUCAUUUCGUCUAUUUUCGAUUACAAUCCCAAAGUUUCUGACGCUAUGAAACCUGAGUACUGGUCAAAAUUACUGGAACGCAUAUCGGAAAUGUUGGAUAUGCUGUUGAACACUCCAGACAUGGUCAUCUCUGAGGAAAUUUCGGAGGAUUCUGAAGAAUAUGAAACGGCACCCUUCCAAUUGCACGGUUGUGUGCUCACACUCGUAGAAAGAUUGGAUGAAGAGUUUACUAAGCUCCUUAAAGAAUGCGACCCUCACAGCAAUGAAUACGUUGAAAGAUUGAAGGAUGAAAAACGGGUCGCUACUAUCAUCGAUAAAGUUCAGGAAUAUCUUGAGAGACACAACAAUGUUUCGGAACUAUGCCGAGUUUAUUUGCGCAAGAUCGAACACCUUUAUUACAAGUUUGAUCCAACCGUUCUGAAACAAAAAGAUGGAGAACUCGGCGCUGACAUCGUCACGUCGGUUCAAGUGAUGGAGAAAUUGUGUAAAUUUGUUUAUGCAAAGGAUGGUACAGAUCGUCUGAGAACGCGAGCGAUUCUCUCACAUAUUUACCACCACGCACUUCACGACAACUGGUUCCAGGCUCGUGAUUUAAUCCUCAUGUCGCAUUUGCAAGAAUCGAUUAAUCAUUCUGAUCCAUCAACUCAGAUAUUAUACAACAGAACAAUGGCUCAUCUGGGACUGUGCGCGUUUAGACACGCCAACAUCAAAGACGCCCAUAAUUGCUUAGUGGAUUUAAUGAUGACUGGUAAAGUCAAGGAACUUCUUGCCCAGGGAUUAUUACCACAAAGACAACAUGAGCGGAGCAAGGAACAGGAAAAAAUUGAAAAACAGCGUCAAAUGCCAUUCCACAUGCACAUCAAUUUGGAACUUUUAGAAUGCGUAUACCUCGUGUCGGCUAUGCUUAUUGAAAUUCCAUACAUGGCAGCCCAUGAAUUCGAUGCCCGGCGUAGAAUGAUUUCCAAGACAUUUUAUCAGCAAUUGCGCUCCAGUGAGAGACAGUCACUAGUUGGUCCGCCCGAAUCGAUGAGAGAACAUGUCGUAGCUGCCGCCAAAGCAAUGAGAAACGGUAACUGGCUGGCAUGCAACAAUUUCAUCAUCAAUGAAAAAAUGAACGCCAAGGUAUGGGACUUGUUUUAUCAGGCGGACAAAGUCCGUGCCAUGUUAACCAGGCUUAUACAAGAGGAAGCAUUGCGAACAUAUUUGUUCACAUAUUCGCACGUAUAUGACUCAAUAUCGAUGCCUACCUUAGCGGAAAUGUUCCAGCUGAAACGUCCCGUUGUUCAUUCUGUCAUCAGUAAGAUGAUCAUAAAUGAAGAAUUGAUGGCUUCCCUGGAUGACCCAACGGAGACGGUUGUCAUGCACCGCAGCGAGCCCAGUCGUUUGCAAUCCUUAGCUCUACAGCUCACCGACAAAGUGAACAACUUUGUGGAUUCUAACGACCGAAUAUUUGAGCUGAAGCAAGGAAAUUUCUUCUCGAGAGGCGGAAACCAAGGAAACUUCCGCGAUCGUCAGAAUUACAAUCGCCAGGGCCAGGACUGGGGUCGCCAGCGACGUGAUCGUGAUCGCAAUCGUGAAGAAAACCGUAAUUAUUGAACUUAUUACGUUACAACAUAGAAAUUUGCGAACUUUAUCACAGUAAACGACUUAUUGAACAUUCAUCCAACAAUAUGCCGUCUUUACGAAUAUUAGUGUACAUUCUAACAUCUGUGCAAUUUGUAACGUGGUAUAAAAUCUCUACACAAACCAAGAAA